AUGUUGCCUACAAAGACAUCAAAAAGCAGAGAGAUUUCUGAGAAGGUAGAACUGGUUUGGAAAGGUGAUUUUGUGACUUGCUCCGCACACAAAAACUCUGAGCUCUUCCACGCAGUUCUUGAGGGUUUGGGUCAGUUUGGAAUAAUUGUCAGAGCGAGAAUCACCCUUGAGCCAGCUCCUAAGAGGCGGCCGAUCCAGUACUCCGCCGCUAAUAUAUUGAACAUUACCGGCGGACUUAGUCCGCCGGUAAUAUUUCCGCCUCUAAAAACUCUUUUUCUUGUAGUGCAAAAAAAGAAAAUGGCUACUGAUGAGGACGAGAAGAGAAGGAAGAGAGAUGGUCCAAGAAACGAAGAAGAAGAAGAAGAAGCAGUACUCAAGUUGGUGAAGAGGUCUAGAGAAAGACUCAAGGAUUCUCUAAAUAAGAAUAAACAGCUUUUGUCUUCUACGACUGGUCAUUUAGCUUUGACUGCUUCUCUUAUUACUCCUCAUGUGAUAACUGUGAAUGUUGGUGAGGAUGUUGUGACUAAAAUAAGAACAUUGGCUGCGACUUCUCCAUCAUUGACCAUUCUUUCCGUUGAUGGCUCAGUAUCUAUUGCAAGCAUUCGUAAUGAUCAGUCUGAUGAAACUAAGACACAUGAGGGUCUCUUUAAGAUUCUAUCUAUGUCUUGUUCAAUCGAAUCUGGUAAAGAAACAACGGUGAAUGUCUUAUUGUCUGGUCCCGAGUUCAAGCUUCUUAGUGGUGUUGCACGAGUACUACUACCUGCUAGUCCUAUUCAGGGUCCCGGCUAA